CACUAUGGACGGAGUACUAGCUUCCAUUAUCUAACUAACUAUCUCCAACGAAUCAAGCUAGUUGUGGACUUGUGGUCCGUAUAAAUGCCACUGCACUUUGCUGGUACACUUCACGGAUCCCCUAUAGCUAUAGUUAGCUACCAAGAGCAGCAGCACAGCAGCUAAGCUAGCACUAUCAUCGAUCUAUCUUGUUAAGUCCAGAUAGACUAGUUAGUAGCUGGGACGAUGGCAAGCGCUGGCGGCAAUGUUGGCGGUGCUCGAGCCUCUCUGGUUAUUCUGCCGGUGCUCGUGGCGUGGGCGUGCUUGAUCUUCGUCCCCGUCGCCGACGCGCAGCUCAAGGUCGGCUACUACAACUCCACCUGCCCUGGGGCCGAGGACCUCAUCAGCACCAUCGUCCUCGCCGCCGUCCGCAUGGACAGAGGCAACGGCCCCGGCCUUGUCCGCCUCUUCUUCCACGACUGCUUCGUCAGGGGCUGCGACGGCUCGGUGCUGCUUGACGACCCGACGGGCACCCCGGGCAACCAGACGGUGGAGAAGACGGCCCCGCCAAACUUCCCCAGCCUACGCGGCUUCGGCGUCAUCGACCGCGCCAAGCGCGUGGUGGAGCGCCGCUGCCCGGGCAUCGUCUCCUGCGCCGACAUCGUCGCCUUCGCCGCCCGCGACGCCUCCCGCAUCAUGGGCGGCAUCAACUUCGCCAUGCCCUCCGGCCGCCUCGACGGCCGCGUAUCCAACUCCUCCGAGGCGCUCGCCAACCUGCCGCCCUCCAGCUUCAACCUCACGCAGCUGAUCACCGCCUUCGCGGCCAAGAACCUCACUUCCGACGAGAUGGUCACGCUCUCGGGCGCCCACUCAUUCGGCCGCUCCCACUGCUCCUCCUUCUCGCAGCGCCUCUACCCGCAGAUCGACCCCACGCUCAACAUCACGCUCGCCAAGAGCCUCCGCGCCGGCAAGUGCCCCGCCGCCACGGGGGGACGCGACCGCGUCGUGCAGCUCGACGCCAAGACGCCGCUCAUGCUCGACAACCAGUACUACAAGAACAUCGGCACGCACGAGGUGCUCUUCACCUCCGACCAGACGCUGCUCGACCGGAACGACACGGCCACGCUCGUCGCGCAGUUCGCCGCCAACCGGAAGCUCUGGUCGCAGAAGUUCGCCGCCGCCAUGGUGAAGAUGGGAUACGCCGACGUGCUCACAGGACCGCCGGGCGAGAUCAGGAAGGUGUGCAGCAGAGUGAACUAGUGCUACAAAAGUGCCGGCCUUUCCGUCCAAACUGAGCCAUCUGCACAUGUGCACUCCGGUAACUGUACAUGCUAUACGUUUUGCGUUAGCUCCCACCGACGUGGCCCUUGCGUCGAUUGAUCAUUAAUUCAUGGAUGUAUCCUGUGACAUGUUGUAAGGGUAGGUCAGUAGUCACAUUGUUGGAAAUUCCAUUGAUUCAUUUUGUGGGGCUA